CCUCUUUUCUUUCAGCUGGAGUGUUGCUCAUGAGCCAGUCCCACCCUCAGAAAAGAUGGUUUCCAUGAGAAUCUUCUGCUUGUUCCUGAGUGUGGUGGGCACUGUCUGGACUGCAGAUGAAGGUGAAUUUCUAGCUGAAGGAGGAGGUGUUCGUGGUCCAAGAAUUGUAGAAAGACACCAGUCUGCCUGCAAAGAGACAGACUGGCCCUUCUGCUCUGAUGAAGACUGGAACCUCAAAUGUCCUUCUGGCUGUAGAAUGAAAGGGUUGAUUGACGAAGUUAAUCAAGAUUUUACAAACAGAAUCAAUAAGCUCAAAAAUUCACUAUUUGAUUACCAGAAGAACAAUAAGGAUUCUAGUUCAGUGACCAGGAAUAUAAUGGAACUUCUGAGAGGGGACUUAGUUUCUGCCAGUAACAAUGAUAAUAUAUAUAAUCGAGCAUCAGAAGAUCUAAGAAGCAAAAUUGAGGUCCUGAAGCGUAAAGUCAUAGAGCAAGUGCAACGUAUCCAACUUCUGCAGAAAAACGUCAAGCUUCAGUUGAUUGAAAUGAAACGACUAGAGGUGGACAUCGAUAUUAAGAUCCGAUCUUGCAAAGGGUCAUGUAGCAGGUCUUUAGCUCGUGAGGUAGAUCUAAAGGACUAUGAAGAUCAACAGAGGCAACUUGAACAGGUCAUUGCCAAACAGUUGCUUCCCUCUAGAGAUACGCAAUACUUGCCAAUAAUAAAAAUGACCCCACUUACAGACUUUAUUCCUGGAGAUUUAAAAAGUCAGCUUCAGAAGGCCCCUCCAGAGUGGAGGGCACUAGUGGAAACCAAGCAGAUGAAAAUGGAGUUAGAGCGCCCUGGUAGAGAAGGAGGAGACACUACAUCUUAUGGACCAAGUUUAGAACCUGAAAGCUCCAGGAACUCUGGACCUAGUAGCACUGGACCUUGGAAUCCUGGGAGCACUGGACCUCGGAAUCCUGGAAGCACUGGACCUUGGAAUCCUGGGAGCACUGAACCUCGAAAUCCUGGGAGCACUGGACCUUGGAAUCCUGAGAGCACUGGACCUUGGAAUCCUGGGAGCACUGGACCUCGGAAUCCUGGGAGCACUGGCACUCAGAACUCUGGGAGCUUUGAAACGGAACAUUCUAGUAUUUGGAACACUAGAUUUGUAAAUCCUAGGCCAGAUAGCUCAGAGCAUGGGAAUACCAGGCCUACCAACCCAAACUGGGGUGUAUUUGAUGAACGACCAGGAAGUAUAAAUCCAGGGACAGAGAAAGAAUUCCACACCAGUAAAAUGAUCAGUUCUAAAGGCAAUAAAGAACUCCUGAUUGGUGAUGAGAGGGUUUCUGGUAGCACAACUACCACUAGCCAUUCAUGCUCUAAAACCAUUACUAAGACAGUCAUAGGUAAGGAUGGUCGCAAAGAAGUGACCAAAGAGGUGGUGAACUCAGAAGAUGGUUCUGAUUGUGGGGAUGCCACCGACUUAGACAUGUUUCAUAGUUCAACUGGCAGAGGUAAACUGGAGGAUUUUUUUCUUAGGCAACCCGGAGAGGCUGCUUUCUUUAACACGGACUCAACAAGAAAAGCAUUCUCAGAAUUAUUGUCACCAACAUUAAGAGAGUUUGGAAGUAAGGACACAUCUGACACAGAGUUUGGGACAUCUGAGUUCCCCACCAGUGGUAAAACUUCAAGUCAGAGCAAAAAAAUGACAACCAGUAGUUCAACUUCCAGCAGAGGAGGCUCUACAUUUGAAAUCAAGACCUAUGGAAUGGCAGACGAAGGUGGACAUGAACACACCAUAAGAAGCCAUAGUAAAACUCGAGAGACAAGAGACUGUGAUGAUGUCCUCCAAACACAUCCUUCAGGUGCCAAAAGUGGCAUUUUCAAUAUCAAGCUACCGGGAUCCAGUAAGAUUUUUUCUGUUUAUUGCGAUCAAGAGACCAGUUUGGGAGGAUGGCUUUUGAUUCAGCAAAGAAUGGAUGGAUCAUUGAAUUUUAACCGGACCUGGCAAGACUACAAGAAAGGUUUCGGCAGCCUGAAUGAAAAGGGAGAAGGAGAAUUCUGGCUAGGCAAUGAAUACCUCCACAUACUAACCCUGAAGGACUCUGUCCUUCGGGUUGAAUUAGAGGACUGGGCCGGAAAUAAGACAUAUGCAGAAUAUCUCUUCCGGGUGGGACCUGAGACUGAAGGCUAUGCCCUUCAUGUGUCCUCCUAUGAGGGCACAGCCGGCGAUGCUCUAGUUGAGGGUUCUGCUGAGGAAGGGCCGGAGUAUACCUCUCACGCAGGCAUGCAGUUCAGCACCUUUGACAGGGAUGCAGACCAGUGGGAAGAGAACUGUGCAGAAGUCUACGGAGGAGGCUGGUGGUACAACAAUUGCCAAGCUGCCAAUCUCAAUGGCAUCUACUACUCUGGGGGCUCCUAUGACCCUAGGGUCAACAGUCCUUAUGAGAUUGAGAAUGGUGUGGUCUGGAUUCCCUUCAGAGGGGCAGAUUAUUCCCUCAGGGCUGUCCGUAUGAAAAUUAAGCCGCUGCUGACCCAGUAA